CAAGAACUCAGUGGGACCCUCUCUCUCAGAACCCCCAGUGAUCCAUGGCUUCAUCUCUCCUCCUCCUCCUCCUCCUCGUCCUGUGCCCAACACUCACUGUGCAGGGUGAGGGGGUAUUUGAGAGGGUGCUGAGCCUCUUCUCCCCAGGACGCUCUGCUCUGGAUGGGAAUGGGGUGAGCGCUCUUAUAAAGUGCCUGGAGGAGCGUGUGCAGUGCCACAAUGUGCCGUGUGAAAAGUGCCUGACUCCCAUGGAUCUGUUUAAUGCUGUGAAUUUGCCGUCUGAUUCUCUCCUGGAUGAAGAGGGGUACAUGUUUGUUUCUGGGGGGCUCCUGUUCUACAUGUCUAACCCCCACACCGCAUGCUCCGCCCUGAAGCUGGGGGAGUGGAUGAACCAAUCAGCAACAUUCCUUCAAAGCCAAGUGGUCCCCGGUGCUGUGGAGACUGCAGUUCAUCUCAUGGAAGCCAUAGAGCCCAUGUACCAAGGGAAGGAACAGCCGUGCCAACGAGGGGAGAACAUUCUCAAUAUGACCUCAGACCCAGAUACCGUAACCCCAGAGAUUCAGGGGGCGAUUCUUGCCACCGUGUUUGAAGGAAAAUGCUUGAACACCCUCCCACCCUCCGGAUACUUCUUGGAGUACAUCUACAGUUACCUGGGAAGUGUUGGCACCAACCUGAGCCUUGAUGCUUUUUCCCUGCUCAUGUCCAACCUGAGCCUGAUAAGACAAGAUGAACAUGGAGACCAUGAGGAUGAAGACCAUGAACAUGGAGACCAUGAACAUGGAGACCAUGAGGAUGAAGACCAUGAACAUGGAGAUGACCAAGUCCAGUCAGACCAUAACCAUCACCAGCGUUGGCACAGUCUGUCCCAACAUAAUGCCCCCCGUGCAGGGCACUGGGAUGAGAGAUGUUUCAGUGCCCCACAACUGUUUGCCAUCCAUGAGAUUGACCAUGACCUGGGCAUCUCACCAGAGCAAUUCGGCCAGAUUAGCCCCAGUCUGAUCCAGUUGCAGCUGAGCAAGGCCUGUACCAAGAGGCAGGAGCCAGGGGGCAGCCAGGAUCAACUCAGCACUUCUGAAAGAUACAUCUAUGGUACUAUUGCAACGCUGGUGGUGUCCCUGUGUGCCCUGCUUGGAAUAUCCCUGCUGUUGUGUACAUCUUGCACCCUCGCCUAUCAGUAUAUCAUCCAGUUCUUUGUCAGUCUGGCCGUUGGCUCCUUGACUGGAGAUGCCGUGUUACACCUGAUACCCCAGAUUCUGGGCCUGCACGGCCAUAGUGACCCUGAUGGGCACUCGCAUGAAGGGGAGGAUCGAUCUCACAUCUGGAAGCUGCUCGCUGUACUCGGGGGCCUCUAUUUAUUCUUCCUCAUGGAAAAACUCUUUGGUAUCCUGAUGCUAACAGGGGAGGAGCCUGAGGGUGACCCCACCAACCAGGGGCACUGUGACCAUGGACUGUCCCUGCAAAACUACCAUAAUGACAAGGAACAGAAGAAGGAGCAGAAGUCAGAGUCCCAAGCUGACCUGGUCAGUGCUAUGGACGUGGAAUUUGGGAGUGGAAAGGAAAGACCCAAGAGCCGAGAGCUGCGGAUGAUCCCGUACAUGAUCACCAUUGGAGACGCUAUUCAUAACUUUGCAGAUGGUCUGGCUAUAGGAGCCGCAUUCUCCACCUCUUGGAAAACUGGUUUGGCGACAUCACUGGCGGUUUUAUGCCAUGAGCUCCCCCAUGAACUUGGUGAUUUUGCUGCCCUUCUUCAUGCCGGACUACGUGUGCGUUGGGCUCUGCUCCUCAACUUCUCCAGUGCCCUCACCUCAUUCGUUGGCUUGUACAUCUCUCUGUCCAUCUCGGCAGAUGAAUCCGUCCAGCAGUGGAUAUUCACUUUUGCUACUGGCCUCUUUCUCUAUGUUGCUCUGGCUGAUAUGCUGCCAGCCAUGAUGAAUGUCAAACUCAAAAGUCCAUGGAUACUUUUCUUCCUCCAUAAUUUGGGGAUCCUUAUGGGCUGGGUUAUCCUCUUGAUUCUAUCCCUUUAUGAGCACAAUAUUGCCCUGUGAUUUCACCAAAACCGUCACAGAAAAUUGAGUUCCAAGUGACCUUCCCCAGGGUAUCUGCUGUCUCCAACCCUCCUGAAGAUUAAGCCAUGGGAUUUUCCAAAGAAUAUUUGAUUCUAAAUUUUAUAAGGAAGGAAUGAAACCUUAUACCAUUAAACUUGCUCUCAGACUUCUUUUGUGAUUCCAAUAACCACAAGUCCAAAUUAAAAAGCCCUUCAUGAUA